UAGCAUUUCAGUGCCUGUAAGGGCUAACACAUCCAAUCUUUCCCAUUUAGCAUAUCCUGUGCUUUUUUACAGUUGAUCGGUAUUUUCAGAAUGUGAGACACGAAUCUUCAUGUAAUGCGAUGUCUACUUCAUAUUUAGUCAAUGGCAUGACGACAAGUAAGUACUUGGAAUUGGCCGAAAUUGUUAAAGAAGAACCGCCAACGAAUAGGGAAUUUCAAUCCCUCCUCGAUAUCUUUUUUAAAAUCUCUUGUACCCGCUUAUCGAUAUUCUCUGCAUUAAUUAGGAAAACGUUUUACACGUCAAUUUAGUGAUUCGGCAAAAGAAAUUGAAACAACAAGGAAGUGAAACGCAAUGCAAGAAAGAAGAAAUGUAACUAAAUAAGAUGCACAGUACGAACAAUCGUUAGCUAGCGGGAAUUGAGUUGAUUCGUCCCACCAUCUUGAACUAUACCAUACUUUAUCGUUUGCUAAAUACUCCGUCGAAGGAGGGAACUGUCAGUAUAUGUAUACAUACAUCUGCGAAUUUGCAUUACGCGUGCCUUUCCACUUUCGAACCUCGGUCAAAAGAGGUACAGACUAAAUUUUGAAUUUUGACAUAGUUCUUGCUGUAUCCGCCGAUUAAAAUAGUGAAUUAACUUUUAUAAAAGAACACUAACUCUGCCGAAAAUUACUCGAUAAUCUGUACGACUUGUAUAAUAAAUUUCACGAAAAUUGCAACCUGCAAAACGGUGAUCAUCAGAAAGAUUUUCAAUGGUAUGAAAAGAGCAUCAGCUUAACAAUACGACACAAUAGAGAUCGUUCGACUAGUCUGAAAAAGAGUCUACAGCCUUCAAGAAAAUAUUUUUCCAUGCAGCAACAGUGGAAAACAGUUUUGCAGUGAAAUAUACCUUUGCAGUAAAAAUAAUGCAGAUAGCUCUAAAAACAUGAAAUACUCAAUGUUGCAAGAACAAGAAUACGGGGUAGGUUUACCUCAGAGUCGCUUGUCCAAUGAAAUGAACGAAUCUAUAUUAGUCAAUGUAGAUACCAUGGAAUUUGGAAACAAUUCUUUCCAAAAUCUCGAGGAAACCUCUGUUGUAUCUAAUCUUCCUCUUUUAUUUGCCAAUGGACAUCCAACAUCAUUGGAAAAAAUUACUUUGGAACAGUUAGAAUGUUUUGUUACAUUCAUGGUUAAAUGCUCCUUGGGUUAUGACACUAACAAAGUGAUCAGUGAACCAAGGUGGUGGCCAAAAGAAGUUAAAUUUUCAAAUCCUUUAACAAGACCUAAAAGAGUAAAUGAUAAUUGGAUGGCCAAUCUAAAAAAAUUAGUAUUCAGAUGUUAUACAUAUCAUAGAAGUGAAUAUCUCUUACGUUUUUGUUCGUACCUUGCACGAUAUCCACAAGAAGAUUUACAAUAUGUUAGCAAUUGGGACUCUACAACAAGUUUAUAUCACAAAACUACUGGAAAAUUAUUGGUGACAUUUCGAAAUGAAAAUAUGAAUUACGACAAAAGAUAUGAAAAUUCACGAAAGAAGUUAUUAUCUUGUAGUGGAGUAAUGUCUUCCUACAAUGCUAAAUCAAAACAGCAAGAGCAUUCCAUUAUGGUUGAACAUACAUCAGCAGGAGAUAUCUAUCUAUGUGACAAUUGUGAUGCUGAAUUUAUAGGCCUAGAAAAAAUGAAGGAACAUGAAAGUAUAUGUUAUGAACAAGAGCAUAACGGAGGUAAUUCACGAUCUAUAACUCCAGAUUCUUUAAUUGUAGAACCUGAGUUAAGGCAAGAUCAAUUUUUGGAAUAUUUUCAUUUGUGUUCGGUACAAUCCGAAUCAAAAUCGAAAUCAGUUGAAACCAACAAUGGUGCUACAAUUAAUAACAAUAGUAGUAAUAAUAGUAAUAAUAACGUUAUUAGCCGCACUUCCCGCCGUGUUCGAGGAUCUAUAAAUUUUACGAGAUUUGCGACUAUUCCUUUUUCUUCUCCUGCUGGUAUAUUAUUAGCUAAAGCUAAAAAGUCAAAAGCAAUGACAGAAGAAACGCAACAAGAAAGAUUAGAAAGGAUAGAAAGACAUCUUAUUGCUCCUGUCUUGAAUAGUUCGACCAAACCAAAGUGGUUCGGUGCGGAUGUUGAUCAUAAUAGGUGGAAUGUUACAUAUAAGCCAAAUCGGGAAAAAGUGGCUUGUGAUUAUGUGCAUCAAUACAAAUUUAUAAAUUCUGUUAGAAAAAAACCAAUGUUGAGCAUAAAAUCGCAAUUACUAUAUAUUGUUUGUCGACCUGUUUUUGUUAUUUUAAAACGAUUAACUCAAGAACAAAUACAUGAUCUUAAACAAAAUCCAUCAAAAUAUCGGUGUCUUGUCCCAAAUGUUUCGAUUGAUAACAGGAAAAUGAUAACGAAAGAUGAUAAAAGAACGAGACCGAAUGUUUCUUCGAAACGUAAAGCUCCGAGUGAUGAAAGUGACACGAACGCAAUGGAAGAAAACGUAGAAAAGGUAGCUUGUAAUAAAAUUAACAAUGUAGAAUUAACUGAGUUUGAAAGUACAAGUUCUUGUGAUGGAAAUAAUACGACUGCCAUUCAUUCAAUUAAAGAGACCACAUUGUGCGCAAAAUCGUCGGAAGCAAUUGCGGUGAUCGACCUUUGCUCUUCAGACGAGGAAGAAAAUAUAUGUAUCCCUGCAUCUUCAAACGAAAAUAAAGAUUCGAUAAAUUCUGUAUCUAAAGAUGUAGCAGAUUCGUUGUUAGAAAAAUUUUCUUCUUUCUUUUAAUUUCAAUUAAGAAGUGAAUGGCUAUCGAAUAAUAUUUUAAAUAACAAUUCUGAAAAUUAUACAAGUAUCAUAGUACAAUGUACAAAUUUAUCCCCGAAAUCUUAGACCAGCAGCAAAGUUAUAAUUAUUUGAUACAUAAUAUCCAUCGUAUACGCGUUAUUUGUCGUUAUUUGUCAUUAUUUGUCAUAAUAUUUAUUAUUUCAAUUUUAUAUGAUCAUAAAAUGUGUA